AGGAUUGCAGGGCAGGAGCAGUUUUGCUGCUGUUUCCCACUCAUUCAGCCCAUAGCUGUGGUCACUCCAGUAAGUAAGCAAGCCUUAGAGUGGCAUGAGUUUGUAAGGAAAGUUUUUAGGUCUGUGUAGAUGGUUUCAGAGAUCUGGGACACAGGAUGUCUUAGGAAGAGAUUGGUUUGUUCAGCCUUAAGAGGAAGAUAGGAGGGAUUAUAUUUUAAUCGUCCACUUGAUACCUGAUAGGCAGAACAGCCACACUCCUCUCAGUUUUAGAGUGAAAGAACAGAGGGCAACAUGCACACUGUUAAACAAGAGAUAUUGCAAUGAGAUGAAAGGGAAAUUCUUCCCUGGGGGUGGUCAGACAUGGGAGCAGCCCAGAGACUUGUGUCAUCUGUCCUUGUUGGUUCUGAAUACCUACAUGGACAGUACUUUGCCCAAGGUGACCCAGCUUCAUGUCUGCUCCUGUUUGAGCAGGCAGCUGCACCUGGUGACCUCUGGAAAAGUCCACUCCAACUUCCUUUAUUUUGUAGGUGUAAAAUUAAUGCUGUCAUCUAUACAAGCAGGGUUUGUUUUAGUAUGUUAUUGUUUCAAUAUGACGUAAGGAAACUUGUAUCAUUAAUACAUAAUAUAAAAGGUUUAUUUCUGUCUUAAUAAAGUUGAAGCCAUUAGAAAGUAGAGGGCAGUGAAAUACUUGGUGCUUGGCACAGUGACCGCAUGGAUCACAGUGACACGAAAGGCUUUUAUCACAUUUAACAUUUUAAAGCAUCUUAAAUGUGAUUCAACUUACUCUGAGUGUUGUCAGUAAGUGUGAGUUUCAUCAGAAAGCUGGUUGUUGAAGUAUUUUUAUUUUCUUUCUUGAAUCAACAACAAAGCACACAGAGCUGCCAUUGAGAAUCCAGGCUGGCAAGGAGCAUGCAGAAAUUUAGCUACAGCUUCUUGCUAGAGCUGUUCUUGUAUCAAGACAGUUAGGAUGAAAAGCAGAUAUUUCACCCGAUGCCUUACAACAUCUCUUUGCCAGAGGUGAAAGAACUCUUCAGCUCGCUAGGUGUACAGUACUAUGCUUUGGAACUGGAUGUAACUGAUGAUGGGCCCAGUAUUCAGCAAGUGUUAGUGGAGCUAACUAAUCAGAGGACUGUGCCUAAUGUUUUUGUCAAUGGAAAACACAUAGGUGGCUGUGAUGCAACUUACAAGGCUUAUGAGAAUGGAACACUGCAAAAACUUCUUGGUAAUGUCAAAGAUGCAGAGACCUAUGAUUAUGACCUCAUUAUUAUUGGUGGUGGCUCAGGCGGACUCGCUUGUUCCAAGGAAGCUGCUACCUUGGGAAAGAAAGUGAUGGUAUUAGAUUAUGUUGUGCCAACGCCCCUGGGAACCACCUGGGGACUUGGUGGUACAUGUGUAAAUGUAGGUUGUAUUCCCAAGAAGCUAAUGCAUCAAGCAGCACUUCUGGGGCAGGCACUCAAAGAUUCAAGAGCAUAUGGCUGGCAGUAUGAAGAGCAAGUUAAACACAAUUGGGAGACCAUGGUAGAAGCAGUUCAAAACUACAUUGGCUCUUUAAACUGGGGCUAUCGAUUGUCCUUAAGAGAGAAAUCUGUGACAUACCAAAAUGCCUAUGGAGAAUUUGUUGAGCCACACAAAAUUAAGGCAACGAAUAGAAAAGGACAAGUAACCUAUCACACAGCAGAGACUUUUGUUCUGGCAACAGGAGAAAGGCCUAGAUAUCUGGGUAUUCCUGGAGAUAAAGAAUACUGUAUUACAAGUGAUGACCUCUUCUCCCUGCCUUACUGCCCUGGCAGAACACUAGUUGUGGGUGCUUCCUAUGUGGCACUGGAGUGUGCAGGAUUUCUUGCUGGUUUAGGUCUUGAUGUCACAGUCAUGGUGCGUUCCAUACUCCUUCGAGGCUUUGACCAAGAGAUGGCAGAAAAAAUAGGUGCCCACAUGGAAACGCAUGGUGUAACAUUCAUAAGAAAGUUUGUACCUACUCAGGUAGAAAGGCUGGAGGAUGGCACACCGGGAAGACUAAAAGUGACAGCAAAGUGUACUGAGGGUCCAGAAAUUUUUGAAGGGGAAUAUAACACUGUUUUGUUAGCCAUUGGUCGGGAUGCAUGUACCAGAAAUAUUGGCUUACAGACAAUUGGUGUCAAAAUCAAUGAGAAGAAUGGGAAGGUACCAGUAAAUGAUGAAGAACAAACCAAUGUGCCUUAUGUUUAUGCUAUUGGGGAUAUCUUGGAUGGAAAGCUUGAACUUACUCCUGUUGCCAUUCAGGCAGGGAAACUCCUGGCCCGCAGGCUCUAUGGUGGUAGUUCCACAAAGUGUGACUAUGUCAACGUACCAACGACAGUGUUUACUCCUUUAGAGUAUGGCAGCUGUGGGCUAGCUGAAGAGAAAGCCAUAGAACAAUAUGGAGAGCAAAAUUUGGAGGUUUAUCACAGUUUGUUCUGGCCACUUGAAUGGACAGUACCAGGUAGAGAUAACAAUACUUGUUAUGCAAAGAUUAUCUGCAAUAAACUUGACAGUAACCGUGUGGUGGGAUUUCAUGUUCUUGGACCUAAUGCUGGUGAAGUUACCCAAGGUUUUGCAGCUGCAAUAAAAUGUGGUCUCACCAAAGAACUCCUUGAUGAAACAAUUGGUAUCCAUCCGACUUGUGCAGAGGUGUUCACUACAAUGGAUAUUACAAAAUCUUCAGGACAAGACAUCACUCAACGGGGCUGCUGAGGUUAAACCUGCUGUCUUUCUUGUUUUCAUACUGUUCACACUUAGUUCUGUGGAAGUCCUUUACGUCGAACUGUUGUGGGAUAAAAUAGACAUUUGCAUCAGUACCACUGUAUGUAGUGCAGUGGGGAGUGGUGCAGUAAGGCUUCCUCACUAAAUAGUGUUGCAGUGGAAACAGUAAUACGGCAGGAAAAUCUUGAACAGAAAAUCCUGAUUUUGCUUGGAAUCAGCACUAACGUGCUUUUUUGACGUUCUGGCUCAAAACCUUACUGUGAGGUGAGCUGUAACUGAUGGCUGCCAUGCAAGGUUGGGAGAUAUUUUCAUCCAGUCAGAUGACUGAACUUCUCCUGAAGGAAAUCCUCAAGUUGCACAAAUUAAAGCUGACACUUCUAAGCUCCAGAGUCUUGUCUAAAUGCCUGAAGUAGAAGACAAAUAUAUAACUGAAUGAAUCUUACCAGCAGUUUAAAGUUAUCUAAUUUCAUUGAUGCAUCUUGUUUUAUUUAACUGUGUGUCUAGUUGAGGCAAGAUGGGCACAAAUUGGAUGCAGUGGAUGAACAGUGCAGUUAAAGUACUACUAUCGCCCUUCAACCAGUCUAAAACUUCAAAACCUUGAAGAUGUUGUUGCUGUUACAUUUGUAGUUUGACCUCAGGUGGCAUUAUGUCUUUAAGAUGAGAAAUUGAAUUGUAGGAAUUCUGUGUGUCAGGGUUGAAGAGCAUAAGUGCAGGACCUUGUCAAUUCUCUCUUGCUAUUUAUGGCUGUACUUAGUGCUAACAGUCUCAAAUCUAGCUUCAGCUCUAGUGUAAAACAUCACAGAACCCAGAAAUGUUACAUCUGUAUUUUUCUGUGCAGUAUUGAAAUUUGAAAGAGAAGAAUCUCAGAAUAAUCUGCCCUGUUAAUAUAGUAAAUGCCUGUCCAUGAUGGUAACGUGUAUUGCGUAGAAUGUCUCUUUGGAGCAUGUGUUGCAGCAGAGAACAGUGACUUGGUAUGCUGUCAUACUUUGUGUAGUGUUGUGUACAGUCAUUACUCCGAAGUUUUCUUCCAUCCCAGCCUUCUGCUCUGGGGGAAUUAUGCUUGAAUUUGGCUAUUAGUUUUGUUCAAAGAGAUGCUUUGAAAGACUGUUUUGAACACUGUAUUAUAUUAAACAAUUUUUAACUAUUUAAUCUGAUGUAAUAUGGCAUUUGAAGUUCAAUAAAUAGCACAACAUUUUGUUGUCUGA